AUGAUAGAGGCAUUUGGUCCUCAACCACCACAGAAAUGGUUGACUCUAUCAGAUAUGGGUUACUUUAUAUCGAAUCUCUAUAAUGUUUUACUUGUCUGUUUAGGCAAUAUGUGCAUGAAUUUCUUCCCUAUGACAAGUUCAUAUUCACCGAAUGUCUCCAUUUAUUGCAUUGGUUUUGUUAACCAAAAUCAUUGGGUUCGGGUAAACAUGAAAGAAUGGUUUCCAUUGCCACCAGUCACAUUAGAUUGGAAUAAGUUUUGUUCUUCAACAACAUCUUGGAUGCUAGGAUUUGUAGGAGGUCUACAACAUUGGCAACAACUUGUGUCUGUAUUACCAUAA